UCGUCCAAUGAAUUUAAUGAUGUGAUGUUUGGCAGUAUCCUUGGCGUUGUCAGAAUUCAACAUUUUAAAGGAAGAGUUGAGGCAAAAGAAAAGUUGAUGUUAAAACGAGACGAUGAGUAUUAUAAAAAUGCUAUCCAAGUGGUUAACAUGGAUUCUGAACAAGUUGGUCAUAUUAAACGCGAUCUGGCGGAAACUUUAACUUUCAUACUGGAUAAUAAACUUGCACGAUUAGAAGGAGUUGCAGUCAUGGGUUAUUUAUACAAGCAUGCAAUGAGACUAGAGAUAACAUUGUGGGGAGAUCUGGAGAAGAAGGAGGAAGCGUUUUCUGUUUUAAGAUCUCGUGGUUUUACUCCAAAAGAAAAUUCUGGUGAAACCUCAUCCAGUCAAGCUUCUAGCAGUCAUUUGUCUGGUUGUCAAGAAUCAGGUCAUCAAGUUAAAACUGAAAUGGAUAAAUUAUUUGAUUCGCUAGAAGAGGGGGGCAAGACGGCCAUGGCUGAACCAACACAGGCUAUAAGAACACCGCUAUACCCCCAUCAGAAACAGGCGUUAAACUGGAUGAUAUGUAAGGAGAAUAAUGAAGCGUUACCACCGUUCUGGGAGAAAGGAGGACACCGUUAUUACAAUAGUUUAACAGGGUAUACUACUUCUCAUAGACCAUCUACAGUUCACGGAGGUAUUUUGGCAGACGACAUGGGACUUGGAAAAACUCUGGAAGUUAUCUCCCUUAUUUUAACCAAUUUCCACGAUGGUCAGCCAUUGGCCACACCAGAUGUCAGUCAAAAACACCUCAGCCAACACAAGGUUGUGACUGACAACAGCAAGGUUGUGACUGACAACAGCAAGGUUGCUACUGACAACAGCAAGGUUGUGACUGACAACAGCAAGGUUGUGACUGACAACAGCAAGGUUGCUACUAACAAUGGACAAGUUCAGACUGUUGCUGAUGUCUUGCUCGAUUUUCUUAAACCAGAUUCUUCCAACGACUUUGAAGUGAAAUCAAAUGAACAUGAGGUCAAAUCAUUGGACCCUAAAUCAAAUGACUGUGAAUUUAAGUUGAAAAAUAAAUCAGAAAAAAAGAUGCUAACUGACAGUGAUAAAAAUUCUAAUAGUGCUCCAUGUAUAGACUUAACAUCACAGGGUGCUAAACAUAGCGACAUGGUUGCUACUGACAACGGACAAGUUCAGACUGUGGCCGACGUCUUUACGACAGACAAACCACGAACAACUCUAAUAAUCUGUCCACUGUCAGUUAUUUACAAUUGGCAGUGUCAGUUGGAGGAACAUGUAAGAGAAGAUGUCAAAUUAAAAAUUUACAAGUUUCAUGGCAGUCAUCGAACCACUGACAGUAAAUUACUAGAGAGCCAAGACGUUGUUAUUUCUACUUAUGGUACCAUAACGGCUGAAUUUAAGGGUGGCAAUCGUUUACGUAAAAUUCAUUGGUUACGGAUCAUUCUAGACGAGGGUCAUGAAAUCCGAAAUCCUGACACCCUGAGGGCCCUGGCUAUAACGGAACUGAAAGCUGAAAGAAAAUGGGUGAUAACAGGAACACCAAUUCAGAAUAACCUCAGAGAUUUAUAUUCACUGGUUAAUUUUCUAGAUAUCAGUCCUCUCAAUCAAUUAUCGUUGUGGCGAAAAACUAUUGAACGUCCAAUAUUCCAUGGAGAUGAGUCCGCUAUCACACGUGUUCGAGCGUUGGUGGCGAAUAUUGGACUGAGACGAACGAAGAAUCAACAAGUUAACGGUAAACCAUUGGUUGAACUACCAGCUAGAAAUGUAUUUAUAGAAAAAAUCAAGUUUUCUGAAGAAGAACGACAAGUUUAUAAUGAUAUGGAGACACAUGGAAAACGGAUCAUAAAAGGGAAUGGCAAUCAUGGUUUACCGGAUCUACGUCCAUAUUGUCAUGUGACCAUAAAUAUGGAUGGAGGUGAUCAACCACAAGAUGACACCACUGACCUUAUAGAUGACGAAACUAAACAGAAACUAAUUGAUGAUCUCUUAGCAGUGUUAAAUUCUGGGUCUGAUGAGGAAUGUUCAAUUUGUUUAGACAGUCUAAAACACCCUGUUAUAACACUCUGUGCUCAUGUUUAUUGUCGUACCUGUAUUGAAAACGUCAUACAACAAAAUAACACGAUGACAACAGCAUGUCCGAUGUGUCGAGAAGAAAUAAAGUUAGGUUUUUGGUUUGGAGUUCCUGAAAAACAACAACCGGAGAUACCUGUGAUUACUGAUGAAAACUGGCAGUCCAGUAGCAAGGUAGAUGCAUUAAUGAAAGCUCUAGUUCAACAACGUAUUGAUGACCCUACUGUUAAAAGUAUCAUAGUUUCACAGUUUACAUCUCUACUGACUCUUAUUGAGGUACCAUUGAGAUUAAAUGGUUUUAAGUUUGCUCGACUAGAUGGUAAAAUGACUAACAAGAAAAGAGUUGAUAAUAUGGAGAUGUUUAUGGACCCAUCACUCGACUCUCCUACCAUAUUUCUACUGUCACUGAAGGCUGGAGGAGUUGGACUAGAUCUUAAGGCAGCCAGUCGCGUCUUUCUAAUGGAUCCUGGGUGGAAUCCGGCAGUAGAAGAACAGUGUUUUGACAGAUGUCACAGAUUAGGACAAAAACGUGACGUCAACAUAACAAAGUUCCUGGUAGAAGACUCAGUAGAAGAAAGAAUGUUGGCGCUACAGGAGAAAAAACAAGCCUUGAUGACUGGAGCAUUCAGUAAAAAAAAAUCAGCUGAUGAACGUCAAGAAGAUAAUAUCAAUCGAAUUAAAAUGUUGUUUGGUUUCUAGAAAUAAUCUCAAAAUUUCGUGUCAUGUGUC